AGGGAAGAGAAAAGUGUAUUCUUCGUUGGUUCUUCCUUCCUUCCUUAGCAUUCCAGGCUCCUCAGCAUUCCAGGCUUCGCUGAGACUUCUUUCCUGCUUUGUCAUAUGUAAUAGGAUUUGAAUCCUCCUUCUCCUUUGGCGGCGCUGUGAAGGGUUCUCAAAGAUCCCAUCUUUACCCCGAUUGCUCGACAAAUAUAAUCGCUUUUCCCGACUCUCUGCUGCUCAUCUGUUUCCCAAGUUCACAUCUCGAAGUCUCUGCCAAUUCUUCUGUUACCGCUGUUUUUUGUUACUGUUCGGUUUCGGUUAGGCUAGAGGCGAGGAUGGAUUCCGAGAAAAAGCCGCGGGUAUCGAACGCGGGGGCGUGGGGAAUGAACGUAGUUAGCUCUGUUGGCAUAAUCAUGGCCAACAAGCAGCUUAUGUCGCCUAGCGGCUACGGAUUCAGCUUCGCAACAACGUUAACUGGCUUCCACUUCAGUGUGACGGCUCUUGUCGGUUGGGUAUCAAAUGCUGCUGGGUUGUCUGUGUCCAAGCAGAUUCCUUUGUGGGAGCUUCUAUGGUUUUCGAUUGUUGCAAAUCUUUCAAUUACCGCCAUGAAUCUAAGUCUAAUGCUUAACUCCGUUGGUUUUUAUCAGAUCUCAAAGUUGAGUAUAAUACCAGUGGUUUGUAUGCUGGAAUGGAUAUUAAACAACAAAAAUUACUCCUCCAAAGUGAUUAUGUCUGUUGUUGUUGUGGCUUUUGGCGUUGGCAUCUGUACGGUGACUGAUGUGGAGAUUAACAUGAAGGGCUUUCUUUGUGCCUGUGUGGCCGUCUUCUGCACAUCACUCCAACAGAUUACUAUUGGCUCUUUUCAGAAGAAGUACAGCAUUGGUUCAUUUGAGCUCCUGAGCAAAACAGCACCAAUACAAGCUGCAUCACUUAUCGUGUUGGGUCCAUUCAUGGACUACUGCCUCAAUGGGCAGUCAAUCUUGAAGUACCAUUUCUCUACUGGAGCAUUAUUUUUUAUAAUUCUUUCCUGCACAUUGGCGGUCUUCUGCAACAUGAGCCAGUAUCUUUGCAUCGGCCGGUUCUCGGCAACAACAUUCCAAGUCCUGGGUCACAUGAAGACCGUAUGCGUGUUGAUUCUCGGAUGGAUAUUGUUUGACUCUGCCCUUACCAUCAAGAACAUCCUAGGAAUGUUACUUGCAGUGGUAGGCAUGAUUGUCUACAGUUGGGCCGUCGAAUCCGAGAAGCUGGCGAAGCUUGCUGCAAGUGCCAUAAGUGAUGAGGAGAAUGUGAAGCUUCUCAAGGAUAGAUCAAAUGGUGUUACAGAAUCUGAUGUGGAGCUUGGCCAAACCAAGAGUUGAGAUCUCAUAACCCAUUUUAUAUGUUAAUUAUUCUUUUAAAUUAUAUGUAUUUCUCUUCUUGUGUUGAGUCUCCAAUUAUUCCAUUCUUUCUUGUGCCUCAAGUGAAGCCAUGUGAUUUUGGGGGGAAGGGUGGAAGCUAGAAGCCUAGAAUCUUUAAUUUCCCCUAUAUCAGAUAUCAGAAUCUCUUUUAAACUAUAUGUACAUUGUGCAGCUUGUCAUAUAAGAAUCCUAUAUUCCUGAACCGCCAAUCUUAAUUAAUUUUGCAUUUAUUGAA